AUGGCGUCAAAACCAUUCAACCUCCUCACCUCGACCGCUCACGACAUUCAACAACUGUUCGACUGUUCUGAACUCAAUGCGGAGUCGCUGGUAAAGCAAGUCUUGGAUCAGAUCAACAAACACAAUAGAGAUGGACUUAAUCUGGGUGCCUUGAUCUCUGUUGCUCCAAGACAGCAGCUUCUAGAGCGAGCGCAGUUUCUUGACCAAGAACGUGCCGCCGGAAAGGCUCGAAGCCUGCUCCAUGGUAUUCCGUUCAUCGUGAAGGAUUCAAUCGCGACCGAUCCUCAAUUAGGUAUGGGCACGGCUGGGAGCUGGGCUCUUGUUGGCUCUCGGCCGUCUGGGAAUGCCCCUACAGUACAGAAGCUUCUUGAUGCUGGGGGCAUCCUCAUUGGCAAGGCUAGCUUGACAGAAUUCAACAACUUCAAAGGCCAAGGCCUCAUUGAUGGAUGGUCUCCCGUCAACGGCUAUACCCGCUCAGCGUAUGUCAGAGGACCUCUCAAGUUGGAUGAGGGCGCAAUGGGCCACUCAGUAAGAUCUGCCGUCGGUGUCUCUGCUGGGUUCGGCAUCGUGUCUCUCGGUGUGGAAACUGACGGAUCUAUUGUAUCCCCAGCUUCCCGUGCCGCGCUCUAUGCUAUGAAGCCGACCAUUGGGACCGUCUCCAUGGAUGGAGUAAUUCCAGUGUCGAAGAGCUUAGACUCUGUCGGUGCUAUGGCUAGGUCCCCAGCUGACCUCGCCAUGGUCAUCGAGAUGUUGCAAGCGACAGGACUGAAUCAUGAUGAAAGACUGUCGCAGCUCAUGACACAAAAAUGGGACGGGCUAAGAAUUGGAUUUGUGGAUGAGAAGAUUUGGAAGCUACCAGAAAAUCUUUGCAAACAUAACGAUGAGGCGCUCAUCCAGAUGAGGGAAGAUUACCACACCGUAAUGAAAGUUCUAUCUGAUGCCGGUGUCCACGUCGAGUAUCCGGUCCAGCUUCCUCCCGGUGCCUACGAGUUUCAGCAAGUCAUCAAUCACUAUCUUGAAACUCUAAAUUCAUCUGAAGUCAGAACCCUAAAAGAACUUGUCGACUGGAAUCGCCAGCACGCCGACAGAGAACUCCCCAGAGAAUAUCCAUCACAAUCAAGCCUCGAAGACUCGUUACAGUGCAAGAUCUCUGCCGCCGAAAAUGCCGAAACUCUGGCCUUCCUUCGCAAGCUUGCCGGACCCGAUGGAAUCGAUCGAAUACUCAAACUGUUUAAGCUGGACGCCGUCGCGUCAUUAGCCGACAGUCCACUAUCGAGUGUUGCUUCUGCAGCUGGCUAUCCCAUCGCCACAAUGCCUCUGGGUAUUUUGGACAUGAAUGGGCGACCAUUCGGUAUCAGUAUGACUGCUAGCAAGCAUCAAGAGAAAAAAUUGUUCCAGAUCAUGAGUGCUUGGGAGACUCUGGGAGCUCGGAAGCCACCGCCUACUUUGAUGGAGGAAAUAAAUCAGGCCCAGCCGUAA